GACGCGCAGCAUCAUCGCUCGAGCUCUUCACUUUUCCGCAUCUGUCAGUGGUUGUUCCCUUGCUAAACUUAGCCAUGUUUCCCUCAGUUUCUCUCGUUUGACAUUUCAUGUAGCUGCCUGUCGUCGUGUGUGACAGUCGGACGGACUGCUGUUUUGCAUGUUUAAUAUUCCUUCUGCCGAACAGCGUCACUUUUCAUUCAGGAACAAGCCGAAGAAGCAAGCUAGCCUCUCGGAGGUAGCUAACAGCUGCUUAGCUUUCAGGUGUCACUGUGAGGCUACCAACCUGACUCAAAGCUUCUAUGAGCUACGUCUGUCUGCCACGACCAGAGGAUGUAUCCGCCUUCCAGAAAGGACUUCAUCUCUCUGACCCUCAAUGAUGCUCACAGUCACUCGUACAACAACGGAAAACACCGGAGACAGUCCUGCUGGAGGAAAUGGAAGCAGCUGUCUCGGCUGCAGCGGAGCCUCAUCCUGUUGCUGCUGGCUCUGAUACUCAUAUUUGGACUGCUCUCCUAUCCAAGCAUCCCACCGGAGUGGAAAACUUUUUCUGACAGGGACGAGUGGGCUCUGGAUCUAAACGACAGAGAGGUGGAAGGAUGA